GGCCAAAUUUCUGACAACGCUAGCUACUCUAUCAUUUUGUCUGCCAGCGAUUCCGUGGGUGAAUUCUACUCCAAAUUCCUAAACAAAAUUGUAGAUUAUGGAGUAGAUCCUCAAAAUAUUCACCUGGUGGGUCACAGUCUAGGUGCUCACGUGUCAGGUUUUGCAGCCCGAGUUGUCAAAAAAGGGAAAAUUGGAAGAAUAACAGCCCUUGAUCCUGCUAAACCUGGGUUUGAUAAUAUCCAGUUAGUGAGUGGUGGACGUUUAAAAAAGGACGAUGCUGGUUUUGUUGAUGUCAUUCAUACUUGUGCAGGAUACUUAGGAGUGGGGGAUUCCAUAGGUCAUGCUGAUUUUCGUCCAAACGGUGGAAGCGUCCCUCAACCUGGGUGUGGAAAUAUUUUUGAAAUGGUGGAGGGUUGUAGUCAUGGACGAAGUUGGAUAUAUUUUGCUGAAAGUCUUGUUUCUAAGACUCCUUUUAUGGGGUACCCUUGUGAUUCUUUCGAAAAUUUUGAAAAGAGCGAUUCAUGUGAAGACGGAGAAGGAGUUCCAAUGGGAGAUGAUACACCUAGUAGUACACGAGAAGAUUAUUAUUUAAGAACAGGAGAAGAUCCACCGUUUGCUGUCUAAGAAAUUAAC